AUGUCCAUAAAUCCAGCAAACGAAGACAUCGAAUCAGGUCCCGAAUUUGAGAGGAUCAAGCAGAACUUCAGGAAUAAUUCUAUUCCGGAUGCUCCAUCCAAUUUUACAGAGCACCAGAUCUUGUUCCAGAACUUGCAAUUGGAACUGCACACAUUUCUUGGAGAACACAUGAACAAAGUGAAGGAUCUUCAAGACGUAUUAAAUGAACAGAAAGCCUACCCUUCUGAAAACAACCGACACGCUGCUGAGAAAGGCGAACGAGGGUCGAUGAGUUUACAUCCUCCUGAUGAAGAUUUGUCCUCUCUGAAUCGUCGUAAGAGUACCAAGAGUACCGAUGCUGUCUCUCAACGGACUCUAUCCAAUCAUGGUGUCAAAUCCACACGCAACACCGCAUAUGUCUCGGGACACGACAACAUCAACAGAGCGCUACUCGAUACAUAUACACAUGCGCUUCUGUCCUUCUUACAAGCCCAUGCGAACAAUAUUCGCACUCUGCAGACUUCGUUACAAAACCAAGUUCCAGUCAAGGCACCUUCAACUAGCGCCUCCGCUCCCCUGCUCAACUCUAAACCUCCACCUUUAUCGGCAGAAGAAGUAAAGUUUUACGAAAAUGUCAACCAACAAUUUUCUAUGCUCGUAGUCAUCUCAACAUUCUCCGCAGGGCUGAUUUUAGCUUUUCUAUCCUUGGUGUACUCCAUAGUAGGAACGAACCAUAGGACGGAUUUCAGCGUUGGGAUGUUCUUUGCCAUCAUCGCCGUGUUCAUUCAUUUUGGAAAUAUCCUCAUCGCAAGUCGUGGUGCGAGCCUCACCUCUCAACAGGACAGACAGUACGACUUCCGCUAUUUUCAAUUUUACUUGGCAAUGUGCGAGCAGCUGCAAUUUGUGGCCAUCUUUAUGCUGGUCAUAUCGUCCAUCAUCAUGUCGUUCCUCAUUUUUAGCUCGGUCGCCUUCCCCAUAGUCUUGUUACUUCUUUCGUUGAUGGGGAUCGCUCUCAUAUUUUCGAGUGCCUAUUGGGAGAUAUCCAUUACUUUCAGGAAUCUUAGGUACCUCGCAAGAAAUUUACAGCGAUUCAAACAAUCCAUGGAGUAUUUGCGUAUCCGUGGUCGAGAGGAUCGCAGUUAG